AUGCAAUUGAUUUUCGCAGCUCGCCGGGGGCGCCGUGUCCUGCAUCAAGUGAACCUCCAACAGACCACAUCUCUAUCGACUCGUGUGCCAAUCGCCGUGAGCAAUGUCCGACGCGUAUUUCGUCUCGCAGACACUCGCGCUGCUGUAUUUUCGAACAAAACCAGGGUCAGCACUCUAAACCAGCUUGGCGCAACAUUCCAAAGAAAUCAAUACUCUACUACUACAACUACGACCUCCGCCGAUGCUUCGAAACCCAAACCUCGUGGCCGACCACCCAAAUCCAGUGAAGAGAAACCAAAGAAGAAAGCUGCGAAGAAGCGCAAGCCCAAGAAGAAGGUCAAGAAAGUCCGCAAGCUCUCCGAAGACGCAUUGGAAAAGAGGCGCAAGCAAAGACAGGAACAAAAGGUCAAGGAUACGAUAAAGUCAUUGAUAGCGGAAUCGUUGAAAAAGGAGGAGCCUAAAUUGAGGAGCCCUAUUGCCUGGAAUCUUUUUGUUUCUGAGAAACUCAAGGGCGUUGAUAGGGAGGCCAGGAGCAGUGCUCUCCGUGAUAUAGCUGCUCAAUAUCGCGAGCUUCCCGAAUACCAGCGCGAGAUCCUGAACCAGGAAGCGUCUAAAUUGAGCAAAGAAAAUGAAGCAAAAUUGAAGGAAUGGGUACACUCAUACUCUCCUCUACGAAUAAAACAGGCAAAUGCCGCCCGCAAGCUUCUGCCAAAGUACAUGGCCAAGCAUGAGAAAUCCCCAAUCAUCAAAUUGAGUGCAAUCCGCGAUGACCGACAGGUGAAGCGACCUGUCUCUGCAUUCCUCUGGUUCUUCAAGGAGCGCGUGGCAACUGGAGAGUACCGCGGUCUUCCUGUCACAGAGAUCUCUGAGCGUGUCAAGGCCGAGUGGGUCAAUACUUCUGACAGUGAAAAACAGCUCUACCUGACCAAAGCAGAAGAAGACCGACAACGCUACAUCACAGAAUACCGUGACACCUACGGUGAAGAUCCCAAUUUCAUCAAAGAGGGCGGUAGCAAACAGAAGGCUGAAGAGGCUGAUCUGUAA